CGUUCCCCUCGUUCAUCAAGCAGCUUUUUUCUUUUCGGAUUUCGGUUCCUUCACGAAACCAGCUCACUCACUCACUCACUCACUCCUCCCUUUUGAAAAAUCACUAUAUCUAAUUUCGAGAACUCGAAACCCUAGAAAUGGUCAUUUUAAUGUGAUUAAAUCCGCUAGAGAUCGGAGAGCUAUCGUAUCAGGUAUUCUCAUUCCGUACUGUUUGGCAUCCUAGAAAUUUCCCUUUCUUUUUUCUCUCAAAUUUCUUCGUUUCUUACAUGCGUUUUCACUUCUCUUUUUUAUUUGCUGCAACGAGUUUCGGAAAAUUUCGUUCUAAUAUACAUGGCAAUUGAUUGUUGAUCAAGUUUUCUUUUUUCAAGUUCAGGCUCAACGCUUUCAAAGUUAAUGGCAUUUGAUUCAAGUGAUUUUCCAGUUCCACAAGAGAGUAGUUGCUAUAUGCAACUUGGCUGGCAAUGUGACUUCUACUUCGGUUAUGGGUUUGAUGUGAUUGAAGAAGAUGCUACGAAUGAGAAAUAUUGUAUACAGGUGCUGAGGAUCUUGAUCACAAAGGCUGACACUGAAAUUGAUGAACUCGAAAAAGAUUUAGUGUUUCUUCAAAAUGAACUAGCUGGGGUAGAAUACGAAGAAUGGUUUGAGAUAUGUUGCAAUGCUUUGCGAAAACAGAUAGAUUGCCUUUAUAUCGCGGUAAGGAGUUUGAAGAGUAAAGAUAAAAACGAUAUUGAAGUUCGAUUUUUGAUGUAUAGAAAACCUCUUAAGAGUUUGCAUGAAAUAUUAAAAGCUCUACUCGGAGACUACUGCAACGAUAAAGAUAAACAGAAUGAACAGCCCCUCGAUGCGAUGGUGCUAGACAGUUUUGAUUCUACCGUACUUCCUCCUGAACAUCUGGAAGAAAACUCAAAAUUUAUUUUUUCUGACUCGAGCACUGUUGUAAAGGAGGAAAGUCAAGCAUCCAGUAUUACCUAUUCAGAAAGUGGUUCAUUUUUAAAUACACCUCUGACCCAUCAAGAGAAGAAAAGAAAUAAUUCAGAAGCAGCUAAGUUCUAUUAUGAACAGCCUAGGUAUACUAAUGGUAAAGAUUCCAGUCCAAACUCUUUGAAAUCAGAAGCUGGUGACCAUGAUGAAAAAGAAGUAUUAAGCACCGUUGACAUGGAACCUGCUAUGAAGGGGGAAGCCAGAGAACACUAUUUUACUUCAGUGUGUAACCAAGUGAUCCAAAAUUCGUCUUUGAAUUCCAUGGAUGAGAGAAGAUGUAGUCUAGAACUGGCUAUGGACCAGCCUGUUGAUAUCAUGUUGAAGAAUCCCAAUGGAACUGGUUUGAAGCAUGUUGUUAACUACUCCAACAAGAAGGAAAAAAUUUGCUCUUCAAAUUCAAAAAUUGUAAGUGAUGAAGCAGAAGAAAACAGUUCUGCAUCUACAGAAGAUGUCAUAAUCUUGGAUUCAGCAUCAAACUCCAUGGGAAAGGAUGCAAAACUUUGUAGAAGGAUCAAGCCGAUAAAUACUGUUGACAAAGAGUUAGACUCAAAUGCUUGUUCACGUGAAGAAGGCCAUCAUAAUGUUAGGAGGAAUAGGUGCAAGCCACAUUUGGAAGUUAAUGGAAAUGAGGAAGUCAGCACAUACCAUACCACUACUGCAGGCAAAGAUAAAAUUCUGGAUUCACCUUCUGACCCUGAAGGCAAAGUGCAUCCUCCAAAAGCACAGAAGCAGCCUGCAAAUGCUGUCAUAGGAGAUGCUAACACUGAUGCUUUAAGGCACUCAACUGGUGUCAGCAGGGGGAGAAACAAUUCAGGUCUGAGUUUAUGUAUUCCUAGGCAGGCAAAAGUUGGGAAUUUAGAUAGCAGUAGUGAAUCUACUGGUGCUUUGAGCCAUACUACUGUCUCAAGGCAGGAAAAAGUUGGAAAUUUGAAUACUAGUCUUGAUGCUUUGAGUUUGGCAACUGGUCUCAGCAGCAGGAGAAAUAAUUCUGAUUCUGCAUUAACUACUUCCAGACAUUUACGAGUUAGAAAUUCUCAUUUUAGUCCUCCUGCUUUGAGGCAUGCAACUGGCCUGGAGCAGGGGAGAAAUAAUUCUGAUUCUAAGGUAGGUGGAUUCAGACAGGCAAAAGGUGGAAACUGCGAGUUUGAUCAAAAGCUUUGUGAUUUUGCACAGAAGGCUGCACGUAAACGGGGAAUGAAAGAAUCCAAUUUAAUCCUGGCUGACAGGUUAAAAUCUUCACAUUUGUCUCCAGAGGUAAAAGGUAAGGGAAAACCUUCUCUACAAAUUGUCAAGGUCGAAAAAUCUUGUCUGACAGAUACUGAAAUGUCUGCUUUAACUUCACUUUUGGAUCUACAAGAUGAUAAGGGAAAAAAAAGAGGCAAUGCACAGGCUGUGGAAGGAAAAAAGCUAGGAGAAGACGUGCAAAUGACUGAAACUGUUGCCCAUAAUGUGAAAUAUAACACUGGCUUGUCUGUGAAGCCACAAAAACAUUAUGGGAAGAGGAAAUCCAAGUCAAAUUCACCGGGUGUUAAAGAAUCUGGUUUGCAAUCUCUUGGAAUCGUUCCACAGCCAUCUUUUGUUGCAAAAUCUAAGGGACAAUGGAAAUCCGAACCUGGGUCUGAUAGUUCCAGUUCAAAUCACUCAUUGAAUUCGAAGAUGAGGAAGAAAGCAGUUCAACAUGUUCAGUGUGAAGCUGAAGAGCAAAGUAUUGCUUUGGAUGACAGUCAAAAUUCAACUUCACAGCCACAAAAGAAAAGAAAAAAGAAUCUGAGUAUUCCAGUCCUUGUGGAGAUUAAAGGUUCAACUCUUCAAAUUGACUUAUCAAAAUCGCGCAGGGAUCUAAAUCAUGCUGCAGGUAAGGAUGAUCUUUCGAUCACAGAAUCCUACUCAAUUGAUUCCUGCACUGAGGUUGUGACAUCUUCGUCUUUUGCAACUAGUAAACUGAUGGAACUAAAAAUAGGGAAAACUGGAGCAAUCGAAUCUUCGUAAGACCGAGUGAUGCUUCUUUUUGUGUUGAAUGGUUGUGGAAGUACAGCAGCCGGCACAUGCCCUUUUCUGCGCAUUAAGGAAUUUGCAUGUUUAGUUGUAGUAGUACUCACAUUUGGGUUUGGGUUUGGGAUUGGGUUUAAGGGGUUGUUUUGGUAUUAGGAUGAAAUGUGGAGGUACCAGUUUGUAAAUUUGAAUAGAAGUCUGCUACCGCUAAUUACUAUGUCUAAUGCGUCAAUCGUAACGUUAUAUUGCAAGUUAAGUUAACUACUACCUUAUCUCACUUUCACCCAUUUUAAAGGUGGUUCGGUCUGUUACUUGAAACCUACAUUUACCAUAUGUUAUUAAUAUGAUUUAAUUGCGUAA